UGAAAUACCUCGGCUUGUUUGACCAGAUGAUAUCACCAUGGUGAUAUGCCCUGGUAUCGGUAACCACAGCGAGAAGCAUUAUAUCCGAACCUUUGUGGAUUACGCCCAGAAGGACGGCUACCGCUGUGCUGUGCUGAACCACCUCGGAGCGCUACCCAACAUCGAGCUCACAUCGCCACGCAUGUUUACUUACGGGUGCACGUGGGAGUUUGCCGCCAUGGUUGGGUACAUCAAGCGGGCGUAUGCUCAGACCCAGUUGAUAGUGGUGGGCUUCAGUCUGGGUGGAAACAUAGUCUGCAAGUUUCUGGGGGAAAACAUGUCCAACCAGGAGCGAGUGCUGUGCUGUGUCAGCGUCUGUCAAGGUUACAGUGCUCUCAGGGCCCAGGAAACAUUCCUGCAGUGGGAUCAGUUCAGGCGCUUCUAUAAUUUUCUCAUGGCUGACAACAUGAAGAAAAUAAUCCUCUCACACAGGCACAGCCUAUUUGUGGGGAACUCUGUUAAAAUGAUAGCCGGCGAUCUUGGUCGGCUAUACACAGCAACGUCUCUCAUGCAGAUCGAUGACAACAUCAUGAGGAAAUUCCACGGCCACAGCUCUCUCAAAGAGUAUUAUGAGAAAGAAAGCUGUGUACAUUACAUUCACAAUGUAAAUGUACCACUGCUGCUUGUGAACGCUGCAGAUGAUCCUCUGGUUCAUGAUUCUCUGCUCAAAAUCCCCCGCACAUUAGCAGAGAAGAAGCCCAACGUCAUCUUCGCCUUGACGCUACACGGCGGCCACCUCGGCUUCUUCAAGGGCGCCGUGCUUUUCCCCAAACCCCUCACCUGGAUGGACAAAGUGAUUGUGAGCUACGCCAACGCCAUCUGCCAGUGGCAGAAGCAGAAACCGCCUUGCCAAAGCGACCACCUGAGCGAGAGUACCUGCACCAAGGAAAAAGCCUAAAGCCUUUGGCUCCGUCUUUUUUCUCACUCCCUGAUGGUAAACCACACAAGACUCCACUGUCCCGUCACUCAGGAGACAUGUGGAAGUGCUCCCUCUCUCCUUCUGCCUUCCUCUUUGGUGCUGCGCCCGCCACGUGUCCCCAUGCCUUCAGCGCAGUCACAGGAACAACCAUCUGCUUCUGUGAAGUUCAGAGCAGGAACACAUGACUUUUUGACGUGUGCUCACCGGUGACCUUUGUCAAUGAAGGCAGUGACCAAAUAUGAGAAGAUGCGGCCCAUAAAAACGAGGCCAUCAGAGUAGUUUAGUGCUGUGCUUGGUGUCCGUUACCGAUCACUGCUUAUCGCCACCAUUAUAGCCUCCAUGCAGCGUCCUUUUAGUAUCCAUUCCAUCCUUAACCAUUGUGACCGAGUCGGGUUGGAAAGGUAAAAACUGGGGUCAGUGUAUCACAUCAUGCUUUGGGAGGCCCGAUCCAAGUUAUUAUUAAAAUUAGCUCUUAAAAAACAAUGUAACGUCUUCAUAGGACUUCUUUUUGCGCCAACUAAAAUCAACCAAAGGACUCCCUGGCGCUUACUUUAUGCAUGACACCUUAAAAAGAAGAAAGCUUAUUUGCUUGGGAGCAGGGAUCACCCCAAAUGGGAUCAAUGCACAUGGCCACAGUCACAAUCUCUGCUUCUUUGCACUUUAUAGCUUCACCCAUCCCAUGUAUUAUUUUUUUUAAAUACGCUCUCCGCUAUUGAGACGACAACGUCGCUAAUGUGUGAGGUAAUUCCGAUGUUCCGCGUGUUGUCUCUCGUUGGUGUCAUCGCGAUCUAUUUCUCUUCCGUUCGCCUUUGACCAGCUGCAGCAUCAGUCGAGAGGUGAGCGUCUCACCUCACUGCCAGUGCUCAGAAGCCAAAGCCAAGCCCUCAUUCCCGGGAACGUCGAAGGGACGGUUUUGCAAUGGCAAGCACACUUAUUAGCUUGGUUAAAACGAUCUCAGCUGUGAGGUACGACGAGUUGAAGGGCCAAGUUACGAAAUGAUAAACCAAAUGUUUGUUUUUGUGAACCGUUUGAACAGUGCUAGUGAUUGUAAUGAGUUGUUCAUAUAUUAUGUUCAAAUAUUUGGUGUUCGGUGCUCAAGUGCGUCUACUUGAACAAAAGCGAAAUGCAGUCAAUUGCUCGAAUGCAACUUCAGACUUCAAUUCUUUGAGCUCUAAUUGCAGAGAUAAAAAUGUUGACUCUAAGGCAAAGUAACACGGUCAUUUUUUUUUCCUCUAAAAAUUGGGACAUUGACAGAUGAGUUUACUUCAAAACGAUGAUGCACUGCAAACAAAGCCGUAACAACAGUGGACCUUGAAAGAGUCAGCACCUAUCUCAUAUGAAACUCGAUUUCGAUCUAACCUAAGUCCUUUUGUUUUUGUUCCAAUGUUGGGGUUGGGGUACACAAUAGAACACACAAUUUACACAAUGGCUAUUCACUGAAAUGAGAGAUAUGAUGUCCACCUGUACUAAUAAACAGGCAUGUAGCCUGUUUAUUAGUACAGGGCUGUUGCUGGUGUCCAGCAUCUUCAACAACAAGCUCGGUUAUUUUUAUUUAUUUAUUUAUUUGACCCCAAAUUCAAUUUCUCAGUCAGGCAAAAAUGAUCCCACUGUUGCGUCCCUCCCACAUUCCUCUUUCUCUUCUUUGCAGUUCUUUUUCAUUCACUUGUGACCAUUGUACAAUAUGGUACAAAGUGGUGGUGUCUAAUUUGGUCGUAAGGUGAAAAACAAUCAUAUUAAAAAUAACUGAUUAAUAUUUUUUUUUUGCCAGCAUAGAAUAUAAUAAGAAUAGAGAAUACAAAAAUCCCUGCUACCGCCUACUUUCUAAUACCAAUCAGCAUCUCACCCAGCGUGACGCCAUUGCUUGAUUUGUUUCCAGUUCAGCCUUCAUGAAUGAGAAUUUGUUUUUGUUUUGCCUCCUCCAACUUAACAAAUAUUCAUUUUUUUGUGUGAAUAUUUCUCCAAAUAUCUGUUGGUCUUUGUAUGUUGGUGAUGGAGUAAUACAUACUUUGCCAUUUCGUCACAUCUGUCAAGCAACCAAAAUGAUCGACCUUAAUAAAUGAAAGAGUAAAUAUUUGAAAAUGCAUUUAUUUUGAAAUAUUUAAGAGCUCAGGAUUGGAGCUAAAAUAAAGGGACUGAAGGCAAUAAGCAAUCAGAAGAGAUUCAUGAAAAUCUGUGUAAAUACGACACCAUGAUGGGGGACUUUUAAUGUUGUGUACUAUACUGUAGUUGUAAAAGAAAAUGUAGUCAUAUGUGCCCAGGCCAUCGAAAAUCAGCGUUUCCUUUAUGGCAUUUUGGCCUCAUACUUUUUUUAGGGCAAAUGAAUAAUUCAAAACUAGAUUCCAAAAACACUCAGCUUGGAUGGAGUCACCAUUUUUUUCAGUAUGUGGUUGAGAGCUCGCCGUCACAAUAAGCCACAGUAAAUAUACAGCUUUAAUGUUCUUUUUGUUGUUCAUGCUGAAAUACCAUAAAGGGACGUGAAAAUGAUAAGAAAGCUGUACACAUUCUUUUCUCAUUUUGGACACUGGAUCAUUUUUUAUUUCCUUGUUUUCUUUUUCAAGAAUCAUUAUAUAAGGAAUUGUGGUUAAAAUAAAUUUUGUCCAACAAAAA